AUGGCGACUGGAGUGGCCGCAUGGUGGGAGUCACUCGCGCCCCAGCCCUCUCCAUUGCGACAGGAGCAGUCCUACCAAUACAUACCUCUCUGCCCUGAUGGAGAGGACAAGGCAGAUAUUCAGUGCUCAUUUUAUACAGCUAAGAGUGCCAGUGAGAAAUUCAGUUACAUUCCCAAAUAUUGCAUUAGAGAAGUAAAUGAGCUGGCUGAGUCAAGAAAGGCCGUCCUAGGUCUGAGUCAUGCCUCACACAUCCUGCCUUGCUUGAGCAGUUCCUCAUUUAACACAGGGACACGUCGGAGUAGCACAUUUGACUCUCAGCAAUCUCAGGCAGGAUAUCAAGAGAAAUUCCACGUAGGGCGGGCGAGGAGCCUAUGGAGCCACCUCUCCCCUGCGGGAGUUAAGCGUCCCUGCGCAUACACAGAAGGUGGCAGUCCGGUUCAGGCAGCUGGACACCGCACGCGUAUGUCUACAGAGAAAAAGCAGAGGAGAGUGUUUUUGUUUGCACUAGAACAUUGUUGUCCACCCACCAAAAUAACAAGAUGCAGUUUGGGUAAGCAGAAGGUGAUGUCCCCAUUCCUGUCACUGGAGACUGAUCAACUUCAGUUCUCGUUGCGUGUGCCAACUCUUUCUUGGCAAAAGUCACAGCUGAAGUAUUCGGUGAAGUUAGUGACGUGGGACGAUUCCUAGCAACUGGGAAGCCACAAAAAUGAAAUGGGAGCCUGCUCUUUGGAUGGUUGCCUGCCUACUGUUUGCAUCUCUACCCAGAGGUCAACCAGACACAACGUGCUAUGCAUUCGUUGGAGAAACUGUCAUUUUGCCUUGCACCAUCCCCUCUCCUGGGGAGAUGGAUGUUUCCAAUUCAAAGGUCUACUGGCAGAUAGAGUCUAUCUUAGUGCAUUUUUUUCACAAUGGAGAAGAUUCACUGGUGGGCCAGGA